AUGAAAUUAAGGAAAGCAGGAAUUUAUGAUAAAAAUGAAGGAGUUAGACCAUGGCUAAGUUUUAUGGCAGUACCAUUGAUAACGCAUGAUGCAGUUGAUGAUGAUUUAGAAUUAUUAAUUGAUAGUAUAUCGUUACCUGAUAAUUUAUUAGUUGAAUUUUUCCAGUAUUUUGAAAAACAAAGGGUUACACGUAUACUAGCAAAAUAUUGGAAUUUGGGACCGGUUCAUCUUCGGUGUAAUAAUGCUGCUGGAGGUGAAGAAUCAUUAGUAAUGAUGAGAACAACACAAAUGCGAAGUGGUAAUUAUCAUGUUAAAACCAUGCCGUUCUCACUGAAUAAUAAGCGUGCAAGAAAAAAAACAAAGCAGCUCAAGAAUUUAUCACGUUUAUAUGAAAUUGGUGCAAUAUAUUUAAAACAAUAUAUAACCAACCUAUCAUUUGUUGUUGGUAAAUCUACAACAGUUAUUACAAGAAAAAAAGAGGCUACUCGUUGA